AAAAAAACACAUUUCGCUAUUUUUUAACAACAUGGCAGCCAACGGAGGUUUUGUGCUGUCAAAGUCUGCAAUAUUUACUUUUUGUGUUGGAAUAGUCUUUGGUUUUGCAUUUACAUAUUUCUUUGCCUUCUCAUCUGUAAAUAAUUCUCAGUUACCGGCUGUAACAAACCGGUUUACAUCAUCGGGAAGUGGAUUGUAUAUCCCGAUGGAUCCUCACAGUCACGGUGAACUCGAUGUGAAAGGACCAACGGAAACUGUCAAAUGGUCAGAUCAUCUUGCGCAUAGCCACAGAGAAUCUUCAGAUAUUGUUGCUAAGCAACUGUUUGAUAAAGUAAAGGUCCUGUGUUGGGUCAUGACCAAUCCAAGUAAUCAUGAUACCAAAGCCAAACAUGUAAAAGCUACCUGGGGGAAAAGAUGCAAUAUUUUAGUAUUCAUGAGUACAUCAAAAGAUAGUUCUUUACCAACUGUAAACCUUCAAGUAACUGAGGGACGGGAUAACCUCUGGGCUAAGACUAAAGCUGCAUUUAAAUAUGUUUAUGAACAUUACAUAGACGAGGCAGACUGGUUCAUGAAAGCAGAUGACGACACAUAUGUUAUAGUGGAGAAUUUGAGAUACUUCCUUCAAGACAAAGAUCCAGAUACGGGUGUUUUUUAUGGCCGCCACUUUAAACCAUAUGUGAAGAAUGGUUACAUGUCUGGGGGAGCAGGAUAUGUUCUCAGUAAAGAGGCGCUAAAGAAACUGGCAACUGUACUUGACAAUAAAGACAAAUGUCGAUCAGAUGGUGGGGGAGCAGAAGAUCUUGAGAUGGGCAAGUGUCUAGGGUCAGUAGACGUGAAACCCGGGGACUCAAGAGAUGAAUUGGAACGAGAGCGUUUCCACCCAUUUGUCCCGGAACAUCAUUUGAUACCUGGGAUCUUACCAAAGGAUAUGUGGUACUGGUCAUAUAAUUACCACCCAGCCAAAGAGGGUCCUGAUUGUUGCAGUGAUUAUGCAAUAAGUUUCCACUAUGUUCCUCCAAAUAUGAUGUAUGUAUUAGAAUACUUUGUCUAUCAUUUAAAACCUUAUGGUUAUGACACAGUCAUCAAAGAAGAGUGUAAUAAAAGUGAUGAAAUGAAAAACCAGCCUGAAGGCAAGGGAGAUCAUUCUGAGAGUACUAUACAGUCCAAGGGAGGUAAUAAUAAUGUGACAGAUGAAAAUUUGGGGAGAAAGAGAAGUAUUCAUGCUACAAUUGAAAUAGAUGAUGACGAAAUAGAUAUAGAUAAUAAGAUUGAUAGUGAUGAGGAUUUGGACAAAAAUAUAAAUGAAGAGGAUUAUGAGAAAGAGGACAUUGAUGAUGAAAUAGAUCAUAAAGGUAAAGAGAAUGUAAAUGACAACAUUUUGAAAUUAGGAAUCAAAGUUGAUACUGGUGAUAAAGACAAGCAUCUGCCUGAUCUUGAUGAAAUUAAAGCAUCCAGGCAUUCCAAAGUUGAUGUUAAUAAACCUGUGCAGAAAAAUCUUUUAAAAAUGACUUUACAAAAAGGUAGGAUUCAAAAUGAUGUAAGCUAACCUAAAGUCAUGUUUUACUUUUUAGAUGAUAACUUACAAUUUUGUAUAUUUAAAGAUGUUUGAUCAUUGAUGAAAAAGAAAUUAAUUCAAAGCAUAAUUAUAUUCUAGAUGCCAUAUAACUCAGUUUCCUGCAAAGUGAAAACUUAAAAAAAGGAAAUUCUAUAACAUUUGAACAUAGCAUAAAAGACACUUUAAAUCUCCGAAAUGAAAAGGGAAUACCGUUACAAUGUAUUGAUAAUGGAUUAAGUGAAUUUUAGCUGAUUAUGAUAUGAAGGAAUCAGCUCUGAAAGUGAAUUAAUUUGUUACAAAUGUAGCUAAACAUUUUAGUGGGAUAUUUUCUUCCAUACAAAAAACUAAUUUACUGUAUCUGUAUUGAAAUGGUCAAAGUUGUCAAAAAAGCAAAAGAUGUAUCAGUUAUAUGGAAAAUGAUUAUAGUUUUUGUUUUUGAAAUUGUAACAUAACACCAUAAAUAUAAAACUUUUCAGGUAUAGAAAUAAUGUCAUUUUAGGGUUCAGUGGGCCGUCAAAAAUAAUUUAUGGGCCUUCAGAAUUGAGAAAUAGUGGUUUGUUUGAGGGGAGUGGGUGGGGUAAUGGGCUUUAAAAAAAUAACAGCAGUUUUUGUGGCUAAAUGGUCUUUCAGAAAUAAUGACCAUUUUAUGGCUUUAUUGUUUUCAGAAAUAUAUGCAUUUUUAGUAAUUGAAAGGCCAUCAGAAAUAAUAGCAUUUUAAGGCUUAAUGGGCCUUUUAGGAUUGUUUUAUAUUUCAGUAUAUGAGGAGUUUUUGUUUACACUAAUGAAUGAGGCACCUCUAAUGUGUAUAUAUUUUAGUGUUUUAUAUUUGUUUUAUCAGUCCAUGAGCAUCAUUUUGAUUUCCUAUAAAAUGUAACAAACAUUUACUUAAUAAGGGCUCAAGGUGAUUUUUGAUUAAAUGAUUGUUUGAAUAAUAAGUGUGACUAGAGUUAUUUUAUUGUCAUUUCAUCAUUAAUUAUAGAUUAUGUUAAUAUUGCACUGUGUAUAUCGAGUUUUUGGCUGCAAACAUUAAUAUUGGAAGCAGCCAUUGUUUGAUUUUUUUUAUCAACCUUUUAUUAAUGAUAUGUUAUGUGUUUGUACCUUAAACUACAUACAUGUAUGAAAAUGAUUAAGAGAAAUCCAAGAUGCAUUUAUCAAAAUUUCAUUUAUGUCAAGACAAUGUUGGUCAUUUAACAAUGUGUUGUAAUCAGUCAAGAGAAUUCUUCUUGUUUUUAUGUGGCUUUUUUUUUUGUUUUGUUUUUUUUGUAAGCUUUAAUAAGGUAUUCUCAAAGAUGUAUAAAUGUUUGUACUAUAACAGCAUGGAGCAGAUGUUAAUAUGCCUAUCUCAACAAUAUAAAAAUGGCAAUUUCUUUGUGAUAAGUAUCUAAUUAAGAACAAGUACACACCAGUAUGAGCCUCCAUGCAUUGAAGUUAUCAACAGAAAGCUCCAAUACAUUGUACAAACAGAAACCAGAGACUUUCCUAAGUUCAAUGUCUGGAGCUUAAUAGAAACACUAGAAUGCUGUUUCUAGUUAGCAGUGAUUUUAUAUUCCCAUUUACUGGUUUCCAUGGCUAAGUGGUUAAAGCUGCUUACUCCAAAUCACUUGCCCCUUACCACUCUGGGUGUGACUUCUGCCACAAAUUUUGAGUUCCUUCACAUCAGUGGUUCUACUGUAGUGCCUUCUGAUACAUACAAUGUGAAAUACUUCUAUACUACCAUGUGAUGAAACAAGACUGAAAUGUGUUGUUAUUUCAUAUCACACUUUUGUAAAUUUAAGAAAAAAAAACAAAAAUAACACAUUACUUUUCAUCAGCUAGGUUUAGAAAAUAAAUUUCUUUAACUAGUCAUGUUUCUUCGUAAAGUGUCACCUUAACCAAAUAUAAAGAAAAUUACUUAUGCAUGUUAUUUUCACUAGUCAAUAAACAGUUUACCUGGUUCUAAAAAACUUUGUAAUUGUAGUCAGUUAUUUACAUGUACAUAUCGAUAAAAAGGUUUGUUGUACCUCAGCCAAGUGAUGUUCAGAAUUAUGUGUAAAGGCAUUUAAUAGUUUAACAAUUGAGAAGAUUGGCCAUUCCACGUAUGGUUGGCUCCCAUAAGUUACUGAAGUAGUUUACAUAAAAAAAUUCAAAAGUUAUAAGAAUUUUUUUUAAAAAAAAAACCUACGAAAUAGUUGAAAAGUUCAUUCUUAGUUAGCUGUUUGUUUGCAGUUUUUGAAAGUUCAUAUGUUUAAUUACAAAUUAUUUCUGAUUGAUUUUUUUUAGAUAUCUGAAUAUUGUGAUUAGUUGAAGUAAUGAUAUUGAAAGAUUAGUCUAAAACAGAAUAUAAAUCUAUGCUAUUUUUUUUGUUUGUUUUUUUUUCUCAGAAAUAUGAUGUUUAGUCGUUGAAUGCAUUUAUUGGUGAAGUCUCUGUGGCUAAGUUGACUUUGAAACACUUGCCUGUAACCACUGUGUGUUCACUUUCAGCACAGGACCUUAGAUUGUGACAUAUGAGAAAGCUAUCUAGCUAGCUGUAGAAGUCUGAUUGUAUUUCUCAGGUCCCCUCUUGUUCCUGGUUCCUGAAAUAUUUAAUUUUACCGACAUUUGAGGUGUUCCACCACUGUUUAACCUUGAAAUUCAUCAUAUGACUACUUUAAAAAGUUUGGUAUAAUAUAAAACCAUCCAAAAGUAGAAUUAAUUUUUAUAUUCUUCUUAUAUUCUGUCAUUAUGAACUUUAAAUGUCUUACUAUUUUUGUGUAUGAAAGUCAUUAGUUGUUCCAUAUCUAAAAUCAGUAUCAUAAUGUGUGGUGCUAUUCUUAAUCAAAGUGCAAUUUAUGCAAUUUUAUGUGAAGUGUUGUUCUUGUAAUUAUUUAUUAGAGUUUGUUGUGUAUGAUUAAUUAUAUAGCAAUAUAACUUUACAUUAAUAAGGCCAAAUUGAUGUUUGUUUGAUAUGUAAGCAGUGCAUUUAGUUGGGGAAUUUGUUGAUUUGAUUUGUUUUUUUUAAUUUGAUUACAUUUUAUUCAGGUUUAAAACAUGCUAUGAUACAAUUUAAGAAUUUCAUAAAAUGAAUGAAAUGGCAUAUUAUCUGUUAAGUUAUGUGAUUUCUGCUGAACAAACCAAAGGUUCCCAAAUGCUUCCAUAAAACCUAGAACAAUUUGACAAAAAGUUUAAGAAGCAAACAUAAAAAGUAACUACAUGUAUUUACUCUCAAAUUUAGUUUGAAAAGGAGCAUAUAAUCAUUGAUAUCAUAUAUAUAUACAUGUAAUACACCCCUGAUGAAGGCAUAAUACGCCAAAAGUACUUGGGUAUUUAUACUUUAGCACUGUAUGAACGUUUAUUUUCUCCAAAUUUAUUGUUAUUUUUGCCACGUUCUUGUAUCCUUCUUGGGAUCCAGUGUUUUUGAAAGGUAUUUUGUAGAUGCAAAUAUUUUUCAAAAACCUAUAUAUAUACAUUUGUAUAUACAUUUAUUACAAUGUACAUUGUAUGGUUUAGAUGAGAAGUUUUGUUCACAUUAAGGAGAAUUGUUUUCAUUGUGAUUUUGGUAUUUAUCUACUACACAAACUUUUCUGUUUCCAACGUUUCGAGGGGUUAAACCCCUCUUUGUCAAGGACUUUCUGUUUAUUCUUUAUAAAUCACAUAUUUAUCUUCAUUGUGAUUUUGGUAUUAUUUUAAAUGCAAUACCAGGUUAAUUGAUAUGUUUGAGAAUUCAAAACCCCUUUAAACAGGAAUAUGAAACAUUUGUAAAAUAACACACAAUUUCUCUUAUAAUGAUAAUAUAUUUCAUCAGAUAGCUAUAGACAAAUUCUUUCAAUAAUGAUGACAUGAAUAUAUAUUUUGUUAGUCUAAGUGAUAGUAUGAAAGUUUAGUAUGAAAGUUUUUGUCAGUUGAUAUAUGAAUUUAAAGUGGCAUGCCUCCAUAUGCAUGUAAUAAAUGUUAAAAUCAAACUUAUGACCUGAGACAUUUCAAUAUUCAAUGACGUUUUGUUGUUUAUCAAAUUCAGAAGUAAACCCUACAGAUUCUUCAGUAUGGCAGAAUGGUUUAACUUGAAAAAAGUAACAUAACACUUGUCUUUAUAGCCUCAGUGAAAACACUAUCAGUUUCAAAAUGAAGUUUGUAGUUUCUAUACCUGAUGCAAUAUCAUUCUUUUUCUGUUUAUUCUUUUAUUGUUAUAUUUUAGUCAUAUUUUGCCAAACUUUGCAACUAUGUUUUUAUACAUGUGAAUAACUGAUAAAAACGACUUAACAUAUUAAAAUUACUAAACAUAUUUAUCGAAAUUAAGUUAUUUCAAAAUAAAUAAUAAACACACGGAAGUCAAACAAAUGUUUUUGAUUUGUUCAUGCUGCAUAAUAUUAUCACUAAACUGUUCAAUUAAAAAAUAAUCAAAGAAAUCUAAAAUACGAUUUGUUGAAGACAUGUAACUACAUGACUACAGUUUUGUUGUAAUUACCACUUGGCCAUCGGGGUGUAAUUAUUGAUUUAAUUAUGGAAAUCUAUAUCAUUGCAUUCAGGAAACCGAAAAGUCUUCGGUCAUUUAAUCAGUCUCAGGUCAAUAUUGCUAGAAAAUGAAAUGCAUUACUAAAUAGUUCGGUAAAAUCAUUUUUAAUUGUACAAUAUUUCACGGGAAAGUAUAAAUAUUUUAGUUUUCAUAGAGAAUUAAAAAAAGUUGGAGGCAUGCUGCUUUAAUGUUUAAAAUGCUUUGUAUUUUUUUCUUCAAUUUUGAAUAUAUUUAGACAAAGGUUAAUGGUUUGUUAAUUAUGUGUUUUUAGAUGAUAAGGUACAAGGAUUGCUUGCUUGUUAAUUAUAUACUAGUAGAUUGUUAUGUUUAUAUUUAACUGAUCCCAAUUAGUCUUAGUGGUAAUAGUUGCCUCUAUAAAAUUAUUGCCAACACAAAGUUCAACUUGUAGACUUAUUUUACAACAAUGAUUUUACUUCCCACCAAUAUGUUGUUUUUUGUUGUUUUUAUAAACAACUGUCUUUGAUAGUAAGAUAAUUUUUCUUGCCAUUUUGUGUUGAAUUUUCAUUUAACUUACCCUUAAAAUUAAUUGAUAAUGGACAGUUCCAAUAAUGGAAGCAGGACAUGUCCAUUUUAGAAAUUAAGGGUCAUAUUGGGCUGUCAUACAAGACUUGCAAUUUUGUUGAUUGUUAACAUUCAGCAAAGGUACUUUAUUGUUUAAAAGAAUAGAAAAUACACAUGUACAUGAAACUAAAACUAUCUUCAUGGUAAUGAUUUUGUACUGUUGAGUUAAUUCAAUAAUUGUUUACUAUUAUAGCAAAAGAAUGAAAUAUGUACAUGAUGUACCCCAAUGAAUGUGGAGCUUAAUAACUUACAUGCCAAAGUUGUGUUUUUUACGGUUCAUUUGUUAUAUUUAUCAGUAGUGCCAGUUGUGUUUAUUUUUCUAUGAUUUUGUUAAUUAUGUUAUUAAAUGAUUAUUAUUUUUGUUAUAUGAAAUGUUGAUUUUAGAAUUAUUAUUCCAAUGCAAUAAUUAAACUAAUGAAAAUAAAUAAGAAAAUAAUUUA